AUGGAACUCUCUAUUGUCAAUGUUGUACUUAUUGCUUGCUUGAUCUAUUAUGACUUAUGUUGUCUUUCUUUUCUGUUUUUAGGAACCAAAAAGGAAUAUGCGUUUGAUAUACCUUCCAAAUGCAAAGCAAACGUGACCAAUCGGUGCAACCUCAAAGUUGUCAGAAAAGUAUUUGACAAUCUAGACGAUGCACAUAAAGAUCGAUUUGUAGAGUCUUGCUUCCGGCUACUAAUAAAUAUUCCCGAGAUCAUAUUGUCCUCGCAAAUAGUCCACCAGGUACUUCGUAGGACAUUGAAAGCGUCCGAAAAUGACAAAGAUGCCGUGUGGUUUAGAUUUGGGGAAAAAGAAGCUAGAUUCGGGUUACAAGAGUUUUGUCUUGUAACCGGAUUUAAGAUUGCGGCGGAUGAUGAAAAUGCGUACGAGUGCGAGAUUCUUGUAGAUGAAAGAUGGUUUCAUUUAGUUGAAGAUUUAGAAAAAUUCAACAGUUAUCCUUGGGGCAACUUGUCGUAUCAGCAGACUGUAAAGUUGUUCAAGCGGACCUCUUUCGAGAAAGGAAAAAAUCCACAGUCCAUAAACUAUUCUUUGCAUGGAUUUCCCCUAGCUAUUAUGAUUUGGGCAGUUGAGGCGCUACCCGACUUAGGAAGAGAAUUUGCCCAAAUAAAUAUUGGUGUCCAAUUUCCAAGAAUGUACUAUUGGAAAAUGGAGAAACAGUUGCGAGGCGAACUGCUUACUGCUUUUUUCGAGAGGGCGGAGAUUCAAGUUCGACGAACGUUGGAACCCUCUCCAUAUGAAUUUGAGUCUUCGUAUUUCAACGAAUUGGGUAUAAUUGUCGAGGAAGAAGAUAGUGUCCGUCAAGAUGAGGAUGAAGAAGGCACUGCGACCAAAGAUGAGGGAGAAGGUAGUGCAUCUUCUAAAGCUGAUGAUGAUGAUGGUGAUGAUGAUGAUGAUGUGGAUGAUGAGGAAGAAGAGGAAGAAGAAGAAGAAGAAGAAGAAGAAGAAGAAGAAGAAGAAGAAGAAGAAGAAGAUGAUGAUGAUGAUGAACCACAACCUCAUGUUUUGGAUGAAGAAAAGAUCGCAAAUAUAGUGAGGAAAGUGGUGAAGGACGAGGUGAGAAAAGUGGUGAAGGAGGAGAUGGCAAAAGAUAAACCAUCUAGCCGUGCUACUUAUGAUGUACCAAAUGAUGAUCCGGAUGUUGAGGUGGAGAAAAAUGUACGGGAUACGGAGACCGUUGAAUGUGACACGAUGAAAUCCCCAUCUCCGAUGUCCGACCAAGAAAUGGUUGGACUUCAUGGAUUUGAUACGGGUUUUGUGACCGACUCGUCAUCAACCAUUGUUGUGUACCAAGAGAGACAACCGCCGACACCAAUCGAGAUAGAGGAAACCGUUGAAGAUCUUGAGUCUCCUAAGGGGAGACGGCACUGGAAGAAAAGGAAGGCUGCCGUUCUAUGUACUCCGCCAGUGGAUCCAGCUAAACUUGAAGAUCUCCAAACGUGGUUUUCGAGCUACCCUGAAAGUGCUGAAGUUGAGUUGUCCUCUGGUGGUCCAGCACGUAAAGUUUUUUUUAAUCAACUUGUGAACGAUGGAUGGCUUACUAGUGAGCAUGUAGAUGAAGCGCUUUUUCACAUUCGAGAGUGUGGUAAACAGUUCCCUCUCUUGUUUAGACAAGAUUGUGCUGUCUUGGACACGUUUUUUGUCUCGUACGUGAGAAGCUUCUUCAAAGACAUGUCGAAGACUAAAAAAUUUCCGAAGGCCUUAUGUAGUUACGCCGCAGGGGAGAUACCCAAUAAUGGAAAGUCGUGGACUGGUUGUACAAAAUUUUAUGUUCCUUUCUGCAAAGAGGGCGAUAGCCACUGGAUCGCACUGGAGAUUGAUCUAUCCCAGAGAUGUAUUUACGUCUACGAUAGCGAAACAAGUGUCAUGCGGAGGGCAAAACUGGUGAGGCAACUUGAGCCCAUUCGAGUUGUCGUACCGAUGCUACUGGCGCAGCUGAAUGUCAAUUACAGUGGUGAAAAGUUUGAGUACAAACGGUUGACAUCUCCUAGCCAAAGCAAUGGGUUUGAUUGUGGGAUGUUUACUAUCAAGUUUAUAGAAUUUUUGCAUGCUGGGAAGAAUGUUGAAGGCGUCGAUCAAUCUCGGAUUAGUGCUUGGCGUGUUAAACUAGAGUCUGAAAUAUUUGGUGCUCAUUUUGAUCCAUAG